CUCCACCAGAUAGAACCUUAGAAGAUCCCCUCUCUUCUUCUAUUCUGUCCGUUAUUCCAAUCUUCGUUAUUCAAACUUCACUUUGAUUUCAGUUUCCCUAAUAAAAUCAGUCUUUUUGUGUGCUGAUUUAGAAAAGAAAAAGUCUCUAGAUACUUUGUAUUACUAGAUAUAGACAGACUUGAGAGGGGAAUUCCCAGGGUAGUCUUAAGUUCACUACUUUCACAAAAAAAAGAGGAAGGUCUGUUUUAGAUUCAGUUCUUGAAUUUGACAGUUUGGCCAAACUUUUAGAAUUCCUUCGCAGAAAUUCUUUUUAUGAUACCCCCUUCGAAUACAAAUUAAUUUUCCCUCGACCACACAAUUCUCAAAUAUGCGUCCCGAAGUCGAGCAAGAGCUCGCCCAUACGCUCCUUGUCGAGCUAUUGGCAUAUCAAUUUGCAUCUCCCGUAAGAUGGAUUGAAACACAAGAUGUGAUUUUGGAUGAGAAGACCACCGAAAGAAUCGUCGAAAUCGGUCCUGCAGAUACCCUUGGUACUAUGGCCAAGCGGACACUCGCCUCCAAAUACGAAGCCUACGAUGCAGCAAAAUCUAUUCAACGUCAAAUUCUAUGCUAUAACAAAGAUGCCAAGGAGAUCUACUAUGAUGUCGACCCAGUGGAGGAUGAGCCUGCGGCCGCUCCAAGUGAUUCUACACCAGCACCAGCAGCAUCUUCUGGUUCAGCACCUGCCCCAGUUGCAGCAGCUCCUCCACCAAGUGCAGGUCCAGCCGCACAAGUCCCAGAUGCCCCAGUCGGAGCCAUAGAUAUUGUGCGAUCUCUGAUUGCCCAAAAACUUAAGAAACCACUCUUGGAAAUUCCAUUGACAAAGGCCAUCAAGGAUCUUGUCGGAGGAAAAUCUACACUUCAAAACGAGAUAUUGGGAGAUUUGGGCAAAGAAUUCGGGUCAACGCCUGAGAAGCCAGAAGAUACCCCUCUGGACGAAUUGGGAGCUUCGAUGCAACAAACUUUCAACGGCCAAUUAGGAAAACAAUCAUCAUCGCUUGUUGCGAGGUUAAUUUCCUCUAAAAUGCCGGGUGGAUUCAAUAUAACUACAGCCAGAAAAUAUCUGGAAACACGCUGGGGUUUGGCAUCCGGCAGACAAGAUGGUGUCUUGCUUUUGGCCCUGACGAUGGAGCCAGCAGCACGUUUGGGAUCCGAAAAUGAUGCUAAGGCCUUCCUCGACGAUGUUUCACAAAAAUAUGCAGCAAAUGCAGGAAUCAGUCUGUCAACGGUAUCUGCCAGUGCUGAUGCAGGUGGUUCAGGUGGUGGAAUGAUGAUGGAUCCUGCUGCCCUUGAUGCUUUGACCAAGGAUCAGAGAGCGCUUUUCAAGCAGCAGCUUGAACUCUUUGCCAGAUACCUUAAGAUGGAUCUCCGAGCUGGUGACAAGGCGUUUAUUGGUGCGCAACAAUCAGAAAAGGCCCUUCAAGCACAACUCGACCUGUGGAACGUCGAACACGGAGAAUUUUACGCUGCGGGUAUUGAGCCUGUUUUCACUCAAUUGAAGGCUAGAGUAUACGAUUCUUCCUGGAAUUGGGCGCGACAAGAUGCCUUGACAAUGUACUACGAUAUCAUUUUCGGUCGACUCCAAGCAGUUGAUCGGGAAAUCGUUAGUCAGUGCAUUCGUAUCAUGAACAGAUCCAACCCCACCCUUCUCGAAUUUAUGCAAUAUCACAUUGAUAACUGCCCAACUGAGCGUGGCGAGACUUACAAGCUUGCAAAAGAACUUGGACAAUCGCUCAUCGACAACUGCAGAGAUGUAUUGAACGAAGCACCAGUUUACAAGGAUGUUGCAUUGCCAACUGGACCACAUACUACAAUCGAUGCUCGUGGCAAUCUUGAUUACGCCGAAAUCCCCAGAUCGAGUGUCCGAAAGCUUGAGCACUAUGUGCGAGAAAUGGCUGACGGAGGAAAGAUCUCAGAAUACGGGAACCGAACCAAGGUCCAGAAUGACCUCGGCCGUAUCUACAAGCUGAUCAAGCAACAGCACAAGCUCUCCAAAGCAUCUCAACUCCAAAUCAAGAGUCUGUAUAGUGAUGUUAUUCGCUCAUUAGCGAUGAGUGAAGGACAAAUCAUUCCAAAGGAGAACAGCAACGGCAAGAAGAACGGAGUCAAAAUGAAUGGUGGAAAGGCAAAUGGCAAUGUGAAGGCUGGAAAGGUCGAGACCAUUCCAUUCCUUCAUUUGAAGAGAAAGGAUGAGCAUGGUUGGGAGUACAGCAAGAAGCUUACCGGUCUCUAUCUCGAUGGAUUAGAGCAGGCUGCUAAAUCUGGUGUCACUUUCCAAGGCAAGAAUGCUUUGAUGACUGGUGCCGGAGCUGGCUCAAUUGGUGCCGAUGUGUUGCAAGGAUUGAUUAGUGGUGGCGCUAAGGUUGUCGUAACUACCAGUCGAUUCUCCAGACAGGUCACCGAGUACUAUCAAUCAAUGUAUGCUCGCUACGGAUCCCGAGGAUCUCAAUUGAUUGUUGUUCCCUUUAACCAAGGUAGCAAACAAGAUGUUGAGGCCUUGGUCAACUAUAUCUACGAUCCAAAGACCGGUCUUGGAUGGGAUCUUGACUAUGUCAUUCCAUUCGCUGCUAUUCCCGAGAAUGGUCGUGAGAUUGAUAGCAUCGACUCGAAAUCUGAGCUCGCUCACCGUAUCAUGUUGACCAAUCUUCUCCGUCUCUUGGGUUGUAUCAAAACUCAGAAGUUUGAGCGAGGUUUCGAGACUAGACCUGCUCAAGUUGUCUUGCCGCUCUCUCCAAAUCACGGAACAUUCGGUAAUGAUGGUCUUUACUCCGAAUCCAAGUUGGCAUUGGAAACUCUGUUUAACAGAUGGCACUCGGAGAGCUGGGGUAAUUUCCUCACCAUUUGUGGAGCUGUCAUUGGCUGGACUCGUGGUACUGGUCUCAUGUCUGGUAACAACAUUGUUGCAGAAGGUGUCGAGGCUUACGGCGUACGCACAUUCUCUCAACAAGAGAUGGCUUUCAACUUGUUGGGUCUUAUGGCCCCUAACAUUGUUGAUCUCUGCCAAUCCGAGCCAGUUUUCGCUGAUUUGAACGGUGGUUUACAAUUCAUUCCUAACCUCAAGGACUUGAUGACAAAACUCCGAAAGGAUAUCAUGGAGACUAGCGAAGUCCGACAAGCUGUCACCAAGGAAACUGCUAUUGAGAACAAGAUUGUCAAUGGUGAGGACAGUGAAGCUCUCUACAAAAAGGUCACAAUUGAACCACGUGCAAACAUCAAGUACGACUUCCCACAAUUGCCAGACUGGAAAAAGGAAGUGGCUCCACUUAACGAAAACCUCAAGGGUAUGGUCGAUCUCGAAAAGGUUGUUGUCGUUACUGGUUUCGCUGAGGUCGGACCAUGGGGUAACUCUCGUACUCGAUGGGAAAUGGAGGCGUACGGUCAGUUCUCUUUGGAAGGUUGUGUUGAGAUGGCCUGGAUCAUGGGUCUUAUCAAAAACCACAAUGGUAACCUCAAAGGAAAAUCAUACGCAGGAUGGGUUGAUGCCAAGACCGGAGAUCCAGUUGACGACAAAGAUAUUAAGGGCAAAUACGAGAAAUACAUUCUCGAACACUCUGGUAUCCGUUUGAUUGAGCCUGAACUUUUCAAUGGCUACAACCCAGAGAAGAAGCAAUUGCUUCAAGAGGUUGUUAUUGAAGAGGACUUGGAGCCAUUCGAGACCUCCAAGGAAACUGCAGAAGAAUUCAAACGUGAGCACGGCGACAAGGCUGAGAUCUUUGAGAUUCCAGAAUCUGGAGAGUAUCUCGUCCGCAUGCGUAAGGGUGCUACGCUACUCAUUCCAAAGGCCCUUCGCUUCGAUCGACUUGUCGCCGGUCAAAUCCCAACUGGAUGGGAUGCUAAGAAAUAUGGUAUUCCAGAUGAUAUCAUCUCACAAGUCGAUCCCGUUACCUUGUUCGUCCUUGUCUGCACUGUCGAGUCUCUUUUGGCAUCUGGUAUUACUGAUCCAUAUGAGUUCUAUCAAUAUGUGCACAUCUCCGAAGUGGGUAACUGCAUCGGAUCUGGUAUUGGUGGUACUACGGCCCUUAGAGGAAUGUACAAAGACCGCUUCUUGGACAAACCACUCCAAAAGGAUAUUCUCCAAGAGUCUUUCAUUAACACCAUGAGUGCCUGGGUCAACAUGUUGUUUGAUGUCCCUCCACUGACUCCUGUUGGUGCUUGCGCCACAUCAGUCGAAUCCGUCGAUAUUGGUUAUGAGACUAUUGUCGAAGGAAAGGCUCGUGUCUGUUUCGUUGGUGGAUUCGAUGACUUCCAAGAGGAAGGUUCAUACGAGUUUGCCAACAUGAAAGCCACCAGUAAUGCUGUUGAUGAAAUGGCCCAUGGUCGUACACCUAAAGAGAUGUCUCGUCCUACCACCACCACCAGAAAUGGUUUCAUGGAGUCACAAGGUUGUGGUAUCCAAGUCAUCAUGACUGCCAGACUUGCUCUUGACAUGGGUGUACCAAUCUAUGGUAUCCUUGGGUUGACAACAACUGCUACUGACAAGAUCGGACGCUCCGUUCCUGCUCCAGGUCAAGGUGUUCUUACAACCGCUCGUGAAAACCCUGGCAAAUUCCCAUCGCCUCUCUUGGAUAUUAAGUACCGUCGCAGACAAGUUGAGCUUCGCAAGAAGAACAUCAAGGCAUGGCAAGAAUCGGAACUUGAGUAUCUCCAUGAAGAGAUUGCUGCCAUGAAGGCUCAAGGAGGGGAGUUCAACGAAAGCGAAUAUGCUCAAGACCGGGCACAACAUAUCGAGCGCGAGGCUUUACGUCAAGAGCGUGAGGUUCUGAACAGUCUUGGUAACAGCUUCUGGAAGAAAGAUCCUACUAUCGCACCUCUUCGUGGCGCCCUUGCUACUUGGGGUCUUACCAUCGAUGACCUCGAUGUUGCAUCUUUCCACGGUACAUCAACUGUUGCAAAUGACAAGAACGAGUCUUCAGUCAUUUGCCAACAAAUGGAGCAUCUUGGUCGUAAGAAGGGUAACGCUGUCAUGGGUAUCUUCCAAAAGUACUUGACAGGUCAUCCAAAGGGUGCCGCUGGAGCUUGGAUGUUCAACGGUUGUUUGCAGGUCCUCAACAGUGGUUUAGUUCCUGGUAACAGAAAUGCCGACAAUGUCGAUCAAGUUAUGGAGAAGUUCGACUACAUUGUUUACCCCAGUCGCAGCAUUCAAACCGAUGGUAUCAAGGCUUUCUCUGUUACUUCCUUCGGUUUCGGUCAAAAGGGUGCCCAAGCUAUUGGAAUUCAUCCAAAGUAUCUGUUCGCUACCCUUGACGAGCAAACAUACUCGGCAUACUGCACUAAGGUUGAAGCCAGACAAAAGAAGGCCUACCGUUACUUCCACAACGGAAUGAUCACAAAUACCUUGUUCGUUGCCAAGGACCACUCACCUUACACUGACGACCAACAGGGAGCUGUCUUCCUCAACCCAGAAGCUCGUGUAUCAGUCGAUAAGAAGACUUCUGCUCUCACAUAUGCUCCAAACUUCGCCAAGAAGGUUAUCAACAAGGAAAAGACAGAGAGCACAAAACAAAUGGUUGAGUCACUUGCAAAGGGUGCUGCAACAGCUAAUAACAAAGUUGGUGUUGAUGUAGAGGAUAUUUCUGCCAUCAACAUUGAGAAUGAUACAUUCUUGGAGAGAAACUUCACCGAGAAGGAGGUUGCUUACUGCAAGCAAGCACCAAGCCCACAAGCAUCUUUCGCUGGAAAGUGGAGUGCAAAGGAGGCAGUCUUUAAAUCUCUCGGUGUUGCAAGUAAGGGAGCCGGAGCACCUUUGAAGGAAAUUGAAAUCACCAACAAUGAAAAGGGUGCACCAAUUGUCUCGCUUCACGGUGAUGCCGCAACCGCAGCAAAGAAAGCUGGUGUGAAAGAGAUUAGCAUUUCAAUCUCGCACUCUGACACUCAAGCCAUCGCAAUUGCCGUUGCAACCUUUUAGACGUUUUUUUUUUUGUUUUUUUUUGACUCGUCUUGUACAUUGGAGUUGAGUUUUAAUUUUAUUUUACAUAUUUGACUAGUAUGGGAUUUGCAGGUGCACAUCCAGUUCUGAUUCAGACGAUGUGAUGGAGGGAGUAAAAGGAAUGGAAUGCGUUUUUCAAAUGUGACAAGAUGAGAUGAAGAUGAGAGCAAUCAGAAUUGAUUACAGUCAAUGGAUUUGAUGUAAAUAGAUAGAGAGAAAGGAAGAAACGAGAAUUACAACAAUAGAUUUAAACAAUUUCUUU